AUGUCCUCUGAAGAAUCACGAUCGAAAUCUAUUAACAAGAUGAGCGUUACUGAGCUCAAGGAAUAUCUUGCAAAUCGUGGUGUAAGUGUGAGUGGAUACUUAAAACCUGCAUUAGUAGAGAUAGCAACUGCUGUAAAUAAAAUGAUGCUUCCUCUAAAUCCAAAUUUUGAAGAAAAGAAUACUUUGGAGAAUGAAAAGUUUUAUAUUGAUGAUAUGGAGAUUAGAAAUCCGUUUACUUCGCAACACAAGCUUGUAAAUAACUUCUCUAAUUCUCCACCAUUUGGGUUGUAUGAUAUCUAUAAUUACCUUAUUCACCAUUCAACCGAAUACGAUAAACAAGGUUUGGCAGCAUACAAGUCAUUAGAUGAAUAUCGCCUUUUCCAGGACGGAUAUGUUGAAUCUCUGCUAACUGAGACUUUGUCAAACGAAAGACUUCAUCUGUAUAUGGGUAAAGUCAAGCCAGCUAUGAAAGACAAGACGGACGAAGGGAAACGUACUAUGACUGCUGGUUUAUACUUGAAGGUAAAGGGGCCAACCGAGGGAGUGUUGUCAAAGCUAGAUGUCGUUGUAAAGGGGGUCGCGAUGGUGGCUGCAAGCAUAUUGCUGCAGCCAUGUAUUCCCUAGAGGAUUUACUGAAUACCCAUGACGAGGACAGCCCGACUAAUAUGCCAUGUAUAUGGACCAAGAAAUCAACCGUUGACAGCAGACCUUGUGAUGUGAAAGAUCUACUAAUUGCCCAUUGUGAUUUACCUUUAAAAAAAACCAAGAGCGAACAUGUUUAUAAUGAACACAUAGUCAUGGAUUUAAGGCAUAAAGAUGACCAGGUUCCCCCGACAAAUGAAUCUUUAAGGCAGUUCACAUAUUCUUUGGAAACAAGUGGUUGCGCAACCCAGCAAUUUUGCCAUUACUGGCCAAGUUAUAUGGUAAUCCUAAUUGCCCUAUUAUUAAAAAUGAUAUUGAAAAUGAUGAUGUAAUAAAUUUGAAUGAAAGUGGAAAUAAAUUAACUUCUGCAAAUGGAAUCCUGAAGGAAAAGGUCAAUAUGCUCUGUGAACAAUUGGGUCCUGAAUGUCAUGCUGAAGCUGCAAUCAACGAUGUUCUUACUAAUUUGUCUCAUAGCCAGGAAGAAGUUGACCAUGUAAAUGAAUUGACCAUUGAGCAAUGGAAGUGUGAUGAAUGGUACAAGCAGAAAGAAGGUUUCUUAACUGGAUCAAUCGCACAUAGAGUUUUGA